GAGACGAUAUACCUGGGUGAGGAGUGAGGGGAUGAAGUGUUGGAUCCCCUCUUUAGCUACCUCGUUUGUGGGAUAAGUAGGUGUGGUACCAAGAUAUCCAAUCUUCUUUGAUAUGAAGCUUGUAUACUGUGUUGCACGGCGUACUUGUACUCGUUACUUCUUGUUCACGAAGUAGAAUAGAAGAGGGAAAUACUUCAUUCAUCGUCCUUUUUGAUCGGCAUCCCCUCUGUCUUAAAGUCCUACUCGUGCACCUGAUACAUCUCCACACCAGCAGAAGUCAAACAUUCGGAAGAUUGACUUAGAUUACCGAAUUCUAGCGGGCCCCGCCAAGCUUAUCGUUGCGCGUAAUCUGGGUUGAUUGGAAGGAAGGAAGAUGGAGGUUUCGACACAAUUGAAUUCGAAUGGAUUGGAAAAAAGUAUAGAAGAGAAAACGGAGAGGAAUAGCGAUACGGAUAGAGACGAGACAAUCUACAGCGACGAAGAAAAAGAUCCGAAGAUUGGAUAUAAAGAAACUACAGGAGAUAGUGCGGAUAGUAUUCAGGUGGGAUAUACAGAGGAUUCAGAGAAGGGGAUAGAGAAAGAGAAGGAUAGAACGCCGGGAGAGAAUAAAGAAGAGGAUCUGGGGAUUGGAGAGAUUGGAAUAAUUGAGAAGGGGGAUAAGGAGAGGAAUAUCGAGAAGGAGACGCAUUACCACCACGGUAUGCCGAAAGGCUGGACGGCCAUGAAAGAUCUACGCGGAAAGUCGAAGCAGAAGUCUAAAUAUAAGGCGGGGGAGAGAACGAAUGGGACGAAUACGCAGACGGGUGUGUUGAAUACACAGGUAGCGAAAGGACAAGAGAAUGGGAGUGAGAGGGCAGUCCUGGAAGAAGAAGUUGAGGAUAUAGAUGAUUUGGAUUUGUCGGAAUUGAAUAGCGGGGAUGAUUUAUUGCCGGAUGAAGAGGAAGGAGGUGUACGGAGGGGUGGAACCGGUGUAGAUGGAGCUGCGGAUGAGGGACUGCGGAGAAGAAGUUCGGAGCGUAAUGUUGCGGGUUCGAACGCGGGGAACUUUAGGGUGUAUAAGAGGAGGUGGUUUGGAUUGGUACAAUUGGUUCUUUUGAACAUUGUUGUUAGUUGGGAUUGGUUAACCUUCUCUGCAAGCUCGACGACGGUUUCGCAAUACUACAACGUCUCCGAAUCCGCGAUCAAUUGGCUCAGUACCGCUUUCCUCUUUGCAUUUGUGCUGGCGAGCCCCUUUGUUAUCUACGUGCUUCAUCACGGAGGACCUAAACCUGCUAUUGUCAUUUCAUCCGUACUUUUGUUGCUGGGAAAUUGGAUCCGCUAUGGAGCUACAAGAUCGGGUCCGCAUGGAAAUUUUGGAGGAGUGAUGUUUGGACAAAUUCUAACGGGAGUUGCUCAACCGUUUGUGUUGGCAGCGCCGACUCGAUAUUCGGAUUUGUGGUUUACGAAUCAAGGAAGAGUGGCUGCGACGGCGGUGAUGAGUUUGGCUAAUCCUUUUGGGGGUGCGUUGGCACAGUUGAUUGAUCCGUUUUGGGCGGGAAGUGUAGGGAGUAUACCGAAUAUGGUUCUUUAUAUCUCUAUUAUUUCCACCAUAGCGACCAUCCCAUCUUUCUUCAUCCCUAAAGAGCCACCAACCCCCUGCUCUGCAUCCUCAGAAGAGCCAAAACAUGCGCUGGGUGCCUCACUUCGCUUCCUGCUUCGCUCCCCUGAAUUCUACAUGAUGAUGUUUCCCUUCUGGUUCUACGUUGGCCUCUUCAACAGCAUCUCUUCCCUCAUAAACCAAAUGCUCUCACCCUAUUCCUUCUCCGAAACCGACGCCGGCAUCGCGGGCGCCCUUCUCAUCGUCGUCGGUCUCGUCGCCGCCGCAAUUACCUCCCCCCUCAUCGACCGCACCAAAACCUAUCUCCUCGCCAUCAAAAUCCAAAUCCCCAUUCUGGGAAUCUGCUACCUGGCAUUCACAUGGGCGCCGCAAACCCGCAGUCUCGCGGCCAUCUAUGCCAUUCUGUCGAUUCUGGGCGCGGCAAGUUUCAGUUUAGUGCCGGUCGCGCUGGAAUAUUUAAUUGAGAUCACGCAUCCGGUUUCGCCGGAAGUGACGAGCACGAUUUGUUGGUCUGGAGGUCAGUUGCUGGGAGGCAUUUUUAUUAUUGCGAGUGAUAAGUUGAGGGCAGGGGGGGUUUCAGAUGGGUCCCAGGAUGAUGGGACUGUGAGGCCGCCGGGGAAUAUGUAUAAUGCGUUGGUUUUGCAGGCGGUGUUGGCGUUGGUGGUGGUGCCGUUGCCGUUGGCGCUGGGAUGUUGUGGAAGGGGAAGGGGGGUGAGAAUGAGGAGAGUGGAGGCGGAUAAAGAGGCUAAUGAAAGGAGGAGGGGCGAUGUGGAUGCAGGGGCAGAGGGAGGGGAAGGUGUGCUUACGUAGAAGCUCAGUAUUUAUGCAUGCUAGGUUCAUAUUGUGUUUGCGAAAAACAAUAGCGGGGUUGGCAAUAAUGUUUGGAUACCAGUUCCCCUUCCAGCGUUUGUGUUUUUUUGUCUCUGGAUAGAUGGAAACACGUCCUUGGAUAGCGCAGCUAGUAGAUCAGAGUACAUGUAUUAUUUGGAUAUCCCAAAUAUGGCAAUCGAAAUGACGAUUUCGCAUUUACAUUUUUCAUAUUUAUUAUCCAAGUCAAAUAUCUGAAAAAUAAUGCA